GAAAUCUGUGCUUUGGUGGGGCCUCUGUAGGAUUGAAGUCUUUCCUGUUAACUUCCUAUGGCGACUCACUAAAGUGUUAAAAGGAGCACUGAUUAUAUUUACCCUACACACGGGAACAGGCUGCUGAGGAUGCUUGGAUUUUAUUGUUGUGGGGCCAUGGAAACCACCAAGUUGGGUGGAAAGAUUUGCUCCAGUAGUAGGUAGGGCUGAUACUCGAGUGAGUGGUGAAAACCGCUGUGAAAGGAUUGAAAGGGUCACACCAGACAACAGGAUUCUCUCUCUGCUGCCGUGGUUUCUGAUGAAUGAGAUUUGCAGGUGCUGGUGAAUCUGGGAAAAGUACAAUUGUGAAGCAGAUGAAAAUCAUCCACGAAGCUGGUUAUUCAGAAGAGGAGUGUAAACAGUACAAAGCGGUGGUCUACAGUAACACCAUCCAGUCAAUCAUCGCCAUCAUUCGGGCCAUGGGGAGGUUGAAGAUAGACUUUGGGGACUCAGCUCGGGCGGAUGAUGCUCGCCAGCUCUUUGUGCUUGCUGGAGCCGCUGAGGAGGGCUUUAUGACUACAGAACUUGCUGGUGUGAUAAAGAGGUUGUGGAAUGACAGUGGUGUACAAGCAUGUUUCAACAGAUCCCGAGAGUACCAGCUGAACGAUUCUGCAGCCUACUAUUUAAAUGACUUGGACAGAAUAGCACAACCAAAUUAUAUCCCAACCCAGCAGGAUGUUCUCAGAACUAGAGUGAAAACUACGGGAAUUGUGGAAACCCACUUUACUUUCAAAGAUCUUCAUUUUAAAAUGUUUGAUGUGGGCGGUCAAAGAUCUGAGCGGAAGAAGUGGAUUCAUUGCUUCGAAGGAGUGACCGCCAUCAUCUUCUGCGUAGCCCUGAGUGACUAUGACCUGGUUCUGGCCGAAGAUGAAGAAAUGAAUCGAAUGCAUGAAAGCAUGAAGUUGUUUGACAGCAUCUGUAACAACAAGUGGUUUACGGAUACAUCUAUUAUACUGUUUCUAAACAAGAAGGAUCUCUUUGAAGAAAAAAUUAAAAAGAGCCCUCUUACUAUAUGCUAUCCAGAAUACGGAGGAUCAAACACAUAUGAAGAGGCAGCUGCGUAUAUUCAGUGUCAGUUUGAAGACCUCAAUAAAAGAAAGGACACAAAGGAAAUAUACACCCACUUCACAUGUGCCACAGAUACAAAGAACGUGCAGUUUGUUUUUGAUGCUGUAACAGAUGUCAUCAUAAAAAAUAAUCUAAAAGAUUGUGGUCUCUUCUGAGUUAUGCAGUUAAUGGUAAAAUGCAUUUUCAAGCCAAAUGAGUACUUAUAUCUGGAUCUCUCUAGACUAGAGUCUUGCAGCAACACAGAAUGUAGUAUACAGCAGAUGCAUCUGGGACCUGACCAAAGUUGUUGUGUAUUUUUUUUUUUUUUAACUGAAAGUAACAGAGGGACCUUUCUUGAAUGUGAAAGGUGGUCUUGUAGUGUGAAACUGAAGGACAGUGUUAAAGCUGGGCUCUAGUGUACUGAUUUCUGCGUAAGUGUAAAUAUGCAAAUGUAUGUAUACAUGUAUUUAUGGCUUUGGUUUCCCACAUUCCUUUUAGGUUUUAAGAGUGGCAACUGACAAUUCUAGAGUGAUGGCUUUGGAAAUAGCAUAAAUAUUAAGUACCUUGUACUGGAUGACAGACGAUUACUAUGUUUGCCGGUUUUAAACAGAUUUAUUUAUGUUCAUGUCCUGUAAAUUUUUAAGUACAGUAAUUAAUAUUAGGAAACAUUGCAGCCCUUAUCUUGAUUAUAUGUAUACUUGUAUUCAUAAAAAACGUUAUUUGUAUAAACAUUGCACAGACUAUUUUAAUAACAUGAUUUGUUCUUUAAUGUGUUUUACUGAAAAGUUCUUAAAGAGGAUGACUUUGGAUCCAUUAUUUAAACAUUGUGUGCAUUUUGAUUUUUCUUUUAAGAAAAUAAAAUAAUUUGAUUUUACUUUAGCUUCCAUGUUAGAUUUGAUUUGAAAAACUAAAAUUUCAGAUUUUUGAGAAUAUGUUCUCUAGACUUAUUGUAAACACUUAAUUUUUAUUCUCUUGGUUUCUUUUCACUUUGAAUUUUAAUAUUUGGCUAGUAUUCAUGCCAUUGCCUUAAAGGUGAUGCCAGAUUAAUUUUUAUACAUUUUAAAUAACCACGUUUUUAUUUAUAACUAAGUUUAGGUGGAUGUUGAGAGAAUUUUUGUGGGCAAAACAAAUGUCAGCAUAAUGAAUUUUGAGCAUUCAUUUGUGUAUUUCCUUUGGGAAGUCCCUUGUACCUAGCAUACAUGAUAGCUCCUUGUUUGGAAGAUAACAAAAAAGGUCUUUGAAUACUGUGUUGCCGAUGUCAUGCAAGCUUUAAAUUUAUAUAUGUAAGGAAUUUUAAAUUUAAUUAUCACACUAUACUAGAAAUACUUUUUUUCCCCAAGAUAUUUAAAUUUCCUCCACUUGCUUGAGUUUCUAUUAUUUCUUUUUAAAUUAUGCUUUUAUUUCUGAGAAUAAAAUGGACAAUUCCACUUAGAGAAUGAGUAAUAGUAUUUAAUAAAGUCAGUGAUUGUACGUAUGUUCAAAUAAGUGUUACAUAACAGCUAGAUAUUGAACUUUGAUAGAAUAAUUUUCUUUUGAUUAUUCAGUGUAUCUCUGUGUCCUGUUUCAACAACAUGAACAGCAUUCCCCACCCUACCUCCCCUCUUCCCCCCCCAUCUUGAAAAAAACUAGUCUUUCAGUAAGCAUUGCUGGUAAGUAGUAAGUUUAAUUUGUGUCGUCAUUUUGUUAAAGUAUAUUUGUUAAAGUAUUGGGAUGUGUGUAUGUGAAUAACCAUAAAUUAUAUUCAUGUCUGUUUCAUUUGGGGGAUUUUCUUCUUCGUAAUGUAAAGAAAUUCAGUGUUAUCAGAAUUCCUUAAAUGUGUUAGAUUCUUUAUGUGCCUUCCAUGAAAGAUAUGUUUUCAUUGAUUUUACUGCUGGAAGACCUGUGCUAUCCACAUUGUGAAGCUGUGUAUGGAAUUCAACUAUAAUAUGAAUAAAUUUGAAUCAUGAGAAAACUGGUUUUAAAAGUUACAAAUAAGCACACAUUGGUGACCAUCAUUGAUGAAUUUCUGAACUUUAUUCUGUGUACUUGUGUUACUAAUAAAUUCUAAUAAAUUUACAUUUUUAAAAUUU